AUGACUGGAGGCGGCAAGUCCGGCGGCAAGGCCAGCGGUUCCAAGAACGCGCAAUCACGAUCUUCCAAGGCUGGUUUGGCUUUCCCUGUCGGUCGUGUCCACCGUCUUCUCCGCAAGGGUAACUACGCCCAGCGUGUCGGUGCCGGUGCCCCCGUCUACCUCGCUGCCGUCCUCGAGUACCUCGCUGCCGAGAUUCUCGAGUUGGCUGGUAACGCUGCCCGUGACAACAAGAAGACCCGUAUCAUUCCCCGACAUCUACAACUCGCCAUCCGAAACGAUGAGGAGUUGAACAAGCUUCUCGGCCACGUCACCAUCGCCCAGGGUGGUGUUCUACCCAACAUCCACCAGAACCUACUCCCCAAGAAGACGGGCAAGCCUGGCAAGAAUGCCAGUCAAAGCCAAGAAUUGUAA